AAAUCAUUUUAUUGUUCUUCCAGAUUUCUUCCACAAGCGAAACUCCUCUCCUUUUGCGAUACGGAUUCCACCAAAUCUGUAAAAGCCUACGUUUUAUUUGAAAAUUUUUGCAGACCUCUGCUUUUGCGCUUCGGAUCACACCAACACUAUAAAAGUCUAUGCUUUAUUUGAAAAUUUUUGGUGCAGAUUUAGUGUGAAUUGAAACUGAGAUUUUGAUCUUGGCUGGGUUCUGAACUGUCGGUUUUGGCUUUAUUUUCUCGGCAAGUUCUCUUCUUUUCUAUGGUGAGCGAUAGUGUUAAUUCAUUUCCACCAUGGUUAAGACUAUUUGUGAGCAGUGCGGAGAUCGAGGCUUCUCUGUGGCUUUAAUUUACUGUGACGAGUGUCAGAUUGCUGCUGUGCAUCGCUAUUGCUUAGCUGUAAUGCCAGAAGAUUUUGAGGAGGAAAGGAUUUGGUAUUGUGUGGAUUGUGAAAAAAAGGUUGCAAAACUGUCUUCUCAAGACAACCUUAACUCUCUUCUGGCCAGGAACUGUGAUUCCAGAAAUUUAGAAAUUGUCCAAGAAACCCAAUCUAAGAAGAAUGACAUUAAUAGAUUGAAGAAGAAGAAGCAGCUGAAGAGAAGAGACGGUAUUGACUCAUUGGCUAAAGCAGAGGUUUGUCAAGGAGAAAUAAGUCCCUGCAGUCAUCUUGAGCUGCAUUGCAAUGAGAAUCAUGAAAAAAAUAAAGAUCAGAAGUUUAGAAGACAAAGAGAACUGGGUGGGAGCAGCUCUAGUGAAGAGGCUGAAUCAGUGAAAACAAAACACUCUGUAGCAGCUAUUGGUGACUCUAAAAAUAACCUAGAGCACAGUUCUGAGUUGCAUUGCAGUGAAGGUGAUGAGAACAAUGAAAAACUUGAAAGACAAAUUGAAUUGGAUGGGAGCAGCUCUAGUGAAGAGGCUGAACCAGUGAAAACAAAACCCUCGGUAACAGCUAUUGGUGACUCUAAAAAUAACCUAGAGCACAGUUCUGAGUUGCAUUGCAGUGAAGGUGACAAGAACAAUGAAAAACUUGAAAGACAAAUUGAAUUGGAUGGGAGUAGCUCUGAUAAAGAGAUUGUAAUAGUCAAAGAUAAAACCUCUCCAGUGGUAACCAAUGACCCUACAGAUAUCCUACAACACCGUUGUUAUGACCAUAAACGACCAAUUAUCAAGGUUCAUUAUAGUGAGAAUGAUAAAGGGGAUAAUAAUUUUAAAAGACAGAAGGUGCUAGUUAGGGAUGGCACUGAUGAAGAAAUGGAGUCUGUUGAACUUAAAAGCUCUCUAGUAGCUACUAGUAUCUCAUUAAAUAUCCCAACACAGAGUUCUAAUGCCCGUGCUGAUUCGACCACUAAAGUGUAUUGCAAUCAGAAUGAUGAAAAUGCUCAGAGUGGAAGACAAAAUGGAAUAGAGCAGGGCAGCCCUAAUGAAGAGGCUGAAUCUGCUAAGCAUGAAACCUCUCUAGUAGUUACUAGUGUUUUUUCAAAUAUCAAUUACAGUAUUUAUGUCCCUGCACAGCCAAUAUUCCAACCAAUCUGGAAUGUCAUUGACAGUGGAAGUUUGUACCUCAGCAAUGAGAAAUAUGGUACUGUUGGAGGACUUGCGGCUCAUUUGUCUACCAUGGCAUCUUCUAGGGUGUUUGAGGAGGCAAAAAGGUUUCCAGAGUUGCUGUGCCUGGAAUUACUUCCAAGGUCUGCUGUGUGGCCAAAUAAUUUUAUCAAACGAGGGCCAAGUGAUGACAAUAUUGCUCUUUAUUUGUUUCCAAACAAUGACUGGGAUGGAAAAGUUUAUAAUAGCUUAGUGGAUGACAUGGUCAGCCAUAACCUUGCCAUGAGAUCUGUUCUUGAAAAUGCAGAACUCCUAGUUUUCACUUCUAAUGUUCUGCCGUUCCAGUUUUGGAGGUUUGAGUUGAAGUUUUAUUUGUGGGGAGUGUUUAGGGGAAAGCAAGCGUCACGUGUACAUGCAACAAAAUUCCCGCAUGCAAUAACAUGGUAUACACAAAGCCCUGUUAGUCCUUUGAGCCAUAGUGAGAAGAAUGGCAUCAAUAGAGUGGAGAAGCUGCAGAGCAUAGAUGGUAUUGGCUCAUUGGCUAAAGCAGAGGUUUAUCAAGGUGAAAUUAGUUCCUUCGGUCAAGUUGAGCCGUUGUUUUCAAAUUCCUUGCAGAUGGAGAUGAGGAGUUGCAACCAUGCUUGAAGACACAAACUAUAUUCUAUAGGACACCUAAGUUGACCCAUUGGUCCCUCUAAGCUCGAGGAGACCGAUUUUAGCUAGGUCAUGUAGUGGCACAUUUAUCUAUGUUGUAGUAAGCAUGCUAGGUGGAAUAUUAUGUUUAAUAUGGCUAUCAAAUACAACAAUGUAUGGUGAGACCUAAAUAAAAACCCUUCAAAAUGAUAUUAAGUCAGACAAGUAACUCGACGCCUUCUAUCACUAUGGUGUUAAUCAAACCACUGUUUGUUGUGACUUUGUUCGUCUCAGUGAAGGGUAUACUUUAGCUAGUAGGAGGUUUAGUCUCAUUAGAGUUUUUCCUUAAUAGUGAUGAGUUUGACUUAAAUAGUGUAUUUUGUUUGUUUGUUUUAGAGAAGGUUGAAAAAUGUACUAUAAGUGUAACAGAGAAAUGCAUUUGCUUAGUGCAUGUGGGGCAUGUAGUAUUUACUCUACAAAUUCGAGAAUUACACUUAGAGGACAAUGGUCGAUACCAUUGAAUUAUGUAAUUGGUUUGUUGGCUUAACUUACAUUUGAGGUCAUUCGUUGAUGCCAUUGAUAGGUGUAAAUUGAGUUUGUUGACCUACCUAAUCUAUCCAUUUUGACUUUUUCACCUUAGCAGAGGUAAAAAAUGGAAUUGAUGGGAUCAGUCCAUUAGAAGACUAACGAGCCUUCUUGAGAGCUAUUAACUUGAGUAAAAUAGUGAGAGUAUUUAUUUAAUUAAAGACCUUAUUAAAUAAAUUUAACAUGAUAAUUUCUAUGUUUAUUUUGCAUUUGUAGAUUCACAAAAUGAGCAAUAACAACUUGUCAUUGCGAUCUAUAAUUAAAAAAGAAAAUAAGCUGGAUGAAACAAAUUUUACAGACUGAUAUCGAAAUCUUUGAAUUGUACUUAAGUUUGAAAAGAGAUUAUACACCAUCGAUCAACCUUACCCGGUUGUACCUAGUCUUGAUGCCACUCAGGAACAAAAAGGUACUUACCAAAAGUACCUUAAUGAUGUUGACACUGUCCAAUGUAUUAUCUUAGCAUCGAUGACACCUGAAUUGCAAAAGCAACAUGAGAACAUGGAUGCAGUUGCAAUUAUUUUACUUUUUAAAGAGCUUUUUCAAGAUCGAGCUCAACAUAAGAUAUAUAAGGUGUCUAAACUGUUGUUUAGGAGUCGAAUGGUUGAGGGAGCCCAAGUUGGCCCUCAUGUACCUAAGAUGAUUGGAAAGAGGAAGGGAAAUAGCAAGAGGAAGGCUAAAGCCAAACUCAAGCUUGGGCUCACACCUCAAGAUUCUCUAAAGCGGAUAGGUAUUGUAAGUAAGGAUGGGAAGGUGAUUUGCUUCUAUUGUGGCAAGUCUGGUCAUUUUAAGAAACACUGUAAGACCUUCUUAGUAAACAAGAAGAAGUCUGACUCUUCUUUUAAAGGUAUGUAUAUGAUUGAGAUUAACUUAUCUCUUGUUACAUCUUGAGUCGUUGACACUAGAUGUGGUUUUCAUAUUUGCACUAAUGUGCAGAGACUACGACAUAGUAGAUUGCUUGCCAGAAGAGAUGUGGACUUACGAGUUGGAAAUAGAGUGCGUGUUGUUGCAUUAGUCAUAGGAACUUAUUAUUUGUCUUUGCCUAUGAGCUUGGUUUUGGAACUAUUAAAUUGUUAUUAUGUACCUUUGGUUUCAAAGAAUAUUAUUUAUGUGUCUGCUUUGGACGAACAA